CGCUCGGGCUCGCAGUGCCGCAGCCGCCGCCGCACGGGCCGGGACAGGCGCCGCCGAGCCGAGCCCAGCCGAGCCCAGCCGAGCCGCACAGGCGCAGCCCAGCCUCCGCACCGAGAGAGAGGUUCCUUAGAAAGAGAGCUUGGACGGCAUGCAAAGUUGUGAAAUAUCUGGAGACAGCACUGAUGAUCCUCUUAGUAGUGGCCUACGACGAACUCGACAGCCUCGAAUAGUAGUUAUCGGUGCUGGGCUUGCGGGCCUGUCUGCUACAAAAACUCUCCUGGAAAACGGUUUCACGGAUGUAACUAUCCUUGAGGCGACUGACCGAAUUGGAGGCCGAGUGCAAAGCGUAAACCUCGGGCACGCCACUUUUGAACUGGGAGCUACGUGGAUCCAUGGUUCGCAUGGAAACCCAGUCUAUCAUCUAGCAGAAGAUAAUGGCUUACUUGAAGAAACUACUGAUGGCGAGAGAAGCGUUGGCCGCAUCAGUCUCUACUCCAAGAAUGGGGUGGCUUAUCAUCUUACCAACAACGGGCAAAGGAUCCCGAAAGAUGUGGUUGAAGAAUUCAGUGAUUUAUACAACGAGGUCUAUAACCUGACUCAAGAGUUCUUCCAACGUGGUAAACCAGUCAAUGCUGAGAGCCAGAACAGUGUGGGCGUCUUCACACGGAGUGUCGUGCGCAAGCGCAUCAAGGCCGAUCCAGAUGACUCGGAGGCCAUCAAGAAGCUCAAGCUAGCAAUGAUUCAGCAAUAUCUUAAGGUGGAGAGCUGCGAGAGCAGUUCCCAUAGCAUGGAUGAGGUCUCGCUCAGUGAAUUCGGAGAAUGGACCGAAAUCCCUGGUGCCCAUCACAUCAUUCCUUGUGGCUUUAUUAAGAUUGUGGAGAUCCUGGCCCGGUCGAUCCCGGAAUCUGUUACCCAGCUCCGCAAGCCAGUCAAGUGCAUCCACUGGAACCAGUCUGUCAGCAAGGAGAUCGAGCGCGUGGCCGACCACAACAGCGACAGCACCGAGGAGGACAAGGGCUGCAACGUCUUUGUGGAGUGCGAGGACUGUGAGUUCAUCCCAGCCGACCACGUCAUUGUGACAGUAUCUCUUGGGGUCCUGAAGAAGCACCACAAGAGCAUGUUUCACCCCCGUCUGCCCGAGGAGAAAGUGAUGGCCAUUGAGAAACUGGGCAUCAGCACCACCGACAAGAUCUUCUUAGAGUUCGAAGAGCCCUUCUGGAGUCCCGAGUGCAACAGCAUCCAGUUUGUCUGGGAGGACGAGGCGGAGAGCGAGAGCUUGACCUACCCAGAGGAGCUGUGGUAUAAGAAGAUCUGCAGCUUUGAUGUCCUGUACCCACCGGAGCGGUACGGCCAUGUGCUGAGCGGCUGGAUCUGUGGAGAGGAGGCUCUGAUCAUGGAGAAGUAUGAUGAUGAAACUGUAGCGGAAACCUGCACUGAGAUGCUGCGUAAAUUUACAGGGAAUCCAAACAUUCCGAAACCUCGCCGGAUCCUGCGGUCCUCAUGGGGCAGCAAUCCCCGCUUCCGUGGAUCCUAUUCAUAUACCCAAGUUGGGUCUAGUGGGGUUGACGUGGAGAAACUUGCCAAGCCACUGCCUUAUACUGAAAGCUCCAAGACUACUCCUAUGCAGGUGAUGUUUUCGGGGGAGGCCACUCACAGGAAGUAUUAUUCCACUACCCAUGGUGCUCUGCUUUCUGGCCAGAGAGAGGCUGCUCACCUCAUUGAAAUGUACCAAGACCUCUUAACCUGCAGGAACUGAACGACCUAAUCUCUGAGAAGAACCACUAACUCGUGAUUCCUUUUACAGUUGUGCGUAGGGUUUUUUAAGUAACGGUAGAACCAUUUUUAUCUUUUUAUAAAAGCCCUAACUGUUUUAAGAGUUAGUAUCUGUAGCUUAUUUCCGUGUACUGUAUUGUUAACAGGGAAGGGUGCUCUUUCUGUACGGUAAACUGUUUUUUGUCGUUUGAAUUCUAAUUGCACUUUCAGUGCCUCUCUUUUUUUUUUUUCUUUCUGUAUUGUAAGUGCCUUCUAUACUAAAAUAAAUGUUGUAAUACAAGUACCCGUGUCGUGGUACAUCUCUGGGA